AUGGAACGCCGCAUUACUCGUUCUGCAGCCCGGGCUGCCACUGCAUGGAGUGCGGGAGAAAACAGCCCGUCUGUCACUCAACCACCAAACACUACUAAAGGGAACAAACGAAAGCGUCGAACCCCCAAUAAAUUGAAUACACCCAUAAUUCAAACAGUCACUGAGGUCAAAUCCUCCAAUGAUUCCGAUCCUGCAGUUAAACAAGAAAAACCAGUGUUGCCUCCUUUGUUCGAUGAGCUCCCUCAUAACCUAGGGCCAAUGCCGGCCCCUUUGUCUGUAGCAACACAGCCCACAGCUUCAAUUACUGGAUCUGACAAGGAAAACCAAACUUUAGAGGGCAACCAAAUUGGCAAUCCGUCUACUGAGUUCCAAGACACUGUGAACAAAGCUACAACCAAGUUGAAGAAAGAACCCAAGGUUCAAACUACCCAAAGCGGCCGCAAGCCAAAGAAAAAUACUUAUGGCUUGACGCCCGGUAUCUCUCCUUUCCCCGAAUUGGUUCGGCCCACUGCCGAGGAGUGCGAAGAUGUCAAUCGGCUGUUGUCCAGUAUCCAUGGCGUAGUCACUGCUCCAGCAACCAUUCCCGAGCCAUCCCUGACAGUCACCGGGUGUGGUGAAGUCCCAUCCGUUCUGGACGCUUUAAUCAGAACUCUUCUCAGCGGUGCCACCACGGGCAACAACGCCGCCAAGGCCUUUGGUGGGCUUGUGCAACGAUUUGGCAUUCUUUCAGAAGGCAUCGGCAAGGGAAGCGUGAAUUGGGAUGCUGUACGGCAGGCCACAGUGAAAGACGUGUUUGAAGCAAUCAAAAGUGGCGGAUUGGCCGACAUCAAAAGCAAGAACCUCAAGGCAAUUCUUGACAUAGUCCACGAAGACAACCAGGCGCGCCGAGCCACAUUGUUAGAUUCUGAGUCCAAGAAUGACUCAAUGUCCAACCUGGCGCCUGAAAAGGCUGAAAAGGACAAGCAAUACGAGAUUGCCUGCGCAGAUCAGAACUUUCUCUCUCUCAACCACCUCCACAAUCUCACCAGUGAAGAAGCCAUGACCGAUCUGAUCAAAUACCCUGGAAUCGGACCCAAGACAGCCGCCUGCGUGAUCCUGUUCUGCCUCCAGCGGCCCUGUUUCGCUGUCGACACGCACAUCUUCCGACUCUGUCGCUGGCUCGGGUGGAUCCCCGCCCGUGCAAACGAAGUAACCGCCUUCAGUCACCUGGAAGUGCGCAUCCCCGACCAUUUGAAGUACUCGCUCCACCAGCUGUUCAUCCGGCAUGGGAAGAUCUGCCCCCGGUGCCGAGCUGCUACCGGCCAGUCCAGUGCUGGCUGGGUGGAUGGAUGUGUCAUUGAUCACCUUUUAACUCGCGACGGCAAGCGCAAGAGCAAUGGUCCGACUAUGGUUUCUAAAAAGAAGGCUCCUGCUACGAGCGCGGUUGGUAAGCGCAAGAGAAUGAGCAAGGACUCCGAGGAGGAGACUGAGGAAAGCCUGAGUUCGCUUUCCGACGGAACAAGUGACGAGUGA